AUGUACGGUGGACAACAAUAUUAUAAUAUGGGAAAUCUAGGAGCAAUGAGUGGUUAUGGUAAUAAUCUUGGUUUCGCUGGUUAUGGUCGUUCAAUGUAUGAUGGAUUUGCUGCACAGAAUUAUGGUGGUUUCGGAAGCACUACAGGUUUUUCUAAUUUUACUACUCCUGCAACGUUCGGAACUGGUUUUGGUUCACCAUAUGGAUAUAAUUGGUAUUGA